CUGAACAGUUUUGGAAAAUAUUUUUCUACGCCCUACGAAAUGUUUAGAAAUCACUCCAUUAUCAUUCCAGACUAUCUCUAAGCUAUCACUUGAGCAUUCAUCUGUUAAGGUAUCGCCAUGGCCAGUAAACUGGACGUAAUAGCUUUCGUAGUUCCAGUGCCGUUGGGGUGCCUAAAUAACCUGCUGCACCCAUCCAUGCUUCGCCGCUUUGUUCAGUGGGAUCGUGAUAGCAACAGAUGCCACCGGCUCAAUAAAGUAAACAUUCAUUUCGAGAGCAAUUAAAACUACAAAGUUGUGCCUUCCAAGUGCCUCUGUUCAAUAAAGUUCUGCAAAUUUUUAGCUCUCCUCUGUUCGAUAAAGUUUCGCAAAUGUUUAAACCUCACACAAUGAAUAGUAAGAGUGAGGUUUCCAAGCCUGGGCUAUCGGAGCUACCCGAAGAGCUUUUGGAUAUGAUAUUUGAUAAAUUGGAUGUUGAAGGGCUGAAAACAGCAUCGAUGGUUUGCAGAAGAUGGGCAGAGCUCGCCUUUUCCGGUCGUAGGAUGGAUCGUGUACUUUUAAACGUGGUUGAUUACAUUCAAGCGCCAUUCAGUAUGAACUCAACGUUUUUAGAGAGUAACCGUAACUAUCGACAUAUACGGUACUCUUACAAUCACGAGGAUGCGAGUUUGAAUGAUCUCCUAUAUUUGGUAUCUUUAUUCAAAAGUUCCCUCCAGACGCUUAUUAUAAGACCGGACCGUAUGUUCAGGGUGUAUGAAUUACAACAGAUUUUGCUCAAGCUACCCGAUCUGCAGCAUAUGAUCGUGGCUUCCGGUCUACGCUACGUUUUAGAAAAGCAGAAAUCGUUUUGUGUGAAACAUAAGCUGCGUAGCCUGCGGUUCGGCAAGAUGUUCGAUUUACCGUGGGAUGGUUUCGAUAUUCGAACCGUGACUCCAAACUUGGACUGUCUACAAAUGGAUUGUGGUUCCCAGCAAGCGCUAGAGGUUUGGAAACAUUUCAGCGGCCAGCUAACAUCGCUGGGAGUGUACGUGGCCACGUAUGAUCUUUUCCUUAGCUUUUGUGCUCUAGCUUUUCCUCUGUUGAAGGCACUGGAUUAUGUAGUUAGCCAUCGACAGAUGUUCGACUCAACGGCAAAUGAUACCAACUGCCGAUUCCUCCGAAACCUCACUUAACUGCGCAAAUUGAAUUUGGAAUGUUAUGCAUCGAAGGAUACGAUAGAGUCCGUCGCCGAUCAUUGUCCAGAACUAGUGUACUUGUCGCUCAAAAAGCAUAAUCUGCAAGCACAUUCGCUACAAUCACUUGGACAACUAUCGAAACUCAAAACACUUGUAAUACACGACUGCUUGUAUAAUGUUUUCGAUGGAUGCAUGCCGAUACCCUCGCUUGGCAGGGUUCAGUUGAUUCACCUUACGUUCCAUUCCAUUGAUCCAUUCGACUUGUAAGGACCAUCUCGGGAUUGUUGCUCCUCGGCUUUGGAGUUUACUUAUCGACGAAUCACACAUUAACGAUGAUGCACUCCAAAUUAUUUGCGAUAAUUUCAAACACCUCAAAUGUUUGACACUGUGCAGCUGCCGAAACAUCACCGAUGAGGGACUUAAAUCUAUUAGUCGUUUACCGAUCCUGAGAGAUUUGGAGCUCAAUUUCAUAAACAUCUCUGGUGAAGUAUUCAAUAAUUUUCUCUCCAACUCUAUCCAUUACAUCUUAAUGAGGUAUUGUAAUGAGAUAACGGAUGACGAUCUUCUGAAACUACCGGCGGCCUUCCCUUAUCUUCAGCAGCUAGACAUUAGAGCGUGUACGCAUGUAUCUGAACGCGGUAUUGAUCGACUGCGUGCUGUAAUGCCAUCAUACGGCAUAAUACGGCUUUACCCAAAAAAAUCUGACAGAUUUAUAUAUUAUUUUUAGAAUUGUUUAUAAAUCCAAACACAAUGAAAAACAAACCGAUCUUGAACCACCGAAAUGCGAGCUGCUUUAUUUACAAUUCGAGCUAUUAAGUAAAUAAUGUAUGUGUAGGAAUGGUACAAAAUUGGAAAAUACACAAUGUAUCAACCCCA